GUACCAGAGAGUCAACAGGCGAAGCUGUUUUCGUUUAUGAAGCCCUUGGCCCCCCACAUCUGGCUAUACGUCUUCACAGCAUAUGUGCUAGUGUCAGUGACUUUAUUCGUAGUAGCUCGAUUUUCUCCUUGUGAGUGGGACUGUACUCAGCAUCCCAAUAUGCGCACUGCCAUUGAAGAGGAUACUCCGAAGAAAACGCAUUUCACUUUAUCGAAUUCGUUUUGGUUCGCCGUUGGAACGCUCAUGCAACAGGGCUCCGACCUCAAUCCAAGGGCCAUGUCAACGAGAAUAGUCAGUGGAACCUGGUGGUUUUUCACCCUGAUAAUAAUCUCCUCGUACACGGCUAAUUUGGCUGCAUUCCUCACUGUUGAACGCAUGAUCACCCCUAUAGAGCAUGCUGAGGACUUGGCUAGCCAGACUGAAAUUCCAUAUGGUACGCUGGAGAGCGGAUCUACAAUGACUUUUUUCAGGGACUCUAUGAUAGAGACUUACAAGAAAAUGUGGAGGUACAUGGAAAGUAAGAAACCUUCAGUAUUUGUAUCCACGUACGAAGAUGGAAUAAAAAGAGUUUUGGAGGGAAACUAUGCCUUUCUCAUGGAGUCUACCAUGCUGGACUAUGUAGUACAACGCAACUGCAAUUUGACGCAAAUUGGUGGACUACUGGAUUCAAAAAGUUACGGCAUAGCAACGCCAAUGGGCAGCCCAUGGCGAGAUCGCAUCUCCCUAGCAAUCCUGGAGAUGCAGGAAAAGGGCGAGAUUCAGAUGCUGUACGACAAAUGGUGGAAGAAAACCGGAGACACCUGCCAACGAUCUGACAAGGGCAAGGACACCUCCAAAGCGAACUCUCUUGGAGUUGAGAGCAUCGGUGGGGUGUUUGUGGUUUUAGUAGUUGGAUUGGCAGUUGCUGUUGCCGUGGCUAUUGCUGAGUUCUGCUAUAAUGCUAAGAGAAAUGAUGAUCCGACGGAUAAGACUCGUCGCUCGCUGUGCCUCUCCACGUGUUGCGCCUUGUGCUCGGCCACCAACUGCCUGGCGCCCCGCAGAAAACGCUGCCCACCAGACCGACGCCUUUCGUCGGCCAGCCGCCGACGCUGCUCCGGCUGCAUAGAACUAGCCGCCCUGGAGGUGCCUACGCCGCCCAGGCCACCUUUACCGCCCCCACCGCCACCUACAGGAGUCGCGUCGCCCCUUGUCUCACCUGUGGUCGCCGAAGUUGAUCUCGGGGCAUACGUGAGAGGAGAAUUUCCAUUCGAUAGUGCACAUUGCGAACCUCUGCAGGGAAUAUUACCCAUGUCGUCGAACUUUGACAGCUAGUCAAUUAACAUCAGUGCCAACUCCUUUUGUACUUACUUCGUAAACGUAAGUGAUCUAUUUUCAAACGCAUCUAUACAAAUGCAAUACUGUAGCACGUUUGAUAAUACCGUUGUAUUUUUAGCAUGUACAAGAUCCAUAUAGCUUUUUAUAACGUGUUUAUAAAAGAAAAUUGCAAUUUGUCAACUUAAGAAAAAGUUAACGUCUUAAGUAUCGAUUUAAGUAUACAGGCAGAAACAUUUUUUGCACUUGGCCUUUUGUGAAAAUGUGUGAGAAUGUGUUUUUUCUAAACUUAGGCUCCGUCACAUUAUGCCACGUUAAAGUAAUGUAUAUAAUUAAAUAAGAAAAUAAAAAUCAUCUGUAUUCUAUCCUUUCUUGGAAGGUUAAGCUAAAAAAAUAUGGUAAAAGAUAUCAAUCAAUCGCUGACAAGGAAGGGAUGAAAGCGUCUACAUAAAAGCGUCAGAUUUUUAAGAAAUUACUUCAAGGCCUGUCAGUUAAAAUAAUAAAUAAGAAUGUGUAUUAGGAUUUUGGAGCAAAAGUUAUAAAACUAUGUAAUAUAUAUUCCUGUGUUGAGUUUUACCACAUGAUAAUUUUGUGCAAAAAUCUAGCUUAGAUAUAUUUGUUAGACGAUGUUGAAUAUAGAUAGAAUCAUCGAAAACUAAUGUUAUUGAAGUGUGACAAGCUCUGUAUUUUUAUGGUUGUCAUAUGAUUGUCAUAUAUCCGUAACACUAUGUAUACAAAUAGCUGUGGAUAAGUGUUGAGUACUGUAUACUGAUGUCAUUUGUAAAUAAGUAUAUCCCUGUGGACGUUGUUGAUUACAAAUAAGUUGUCUUAGUUAAAUUAUAAUGUAUUGCGUACUGUAAAUAUUAGGUAAAACAUAAACAUGUAUAUCUUCAUUAUAGGGGCAGCACUACGCAUACUGUCACAGUCAGUAUUGUAACCUUAUAGUAUAAUUUGUUGAGUUCAACAAAGGGAAAGGUUAAACAUGUUCAUUAGGUGAAAUAUAAAGGAUAUACAUUCUAAUGUUCUGUAGGAUUUUAUAAAGUUAUGUACUGUACACAGGCGAAAUAUUAGUAGAUAGGAAA